ACUAUCCUGAUCUCCCGUGCCAGAAAAUUACAUUGGAUUUGUUGGCACGAUGGAAGGGAAUCAAAGUCAAAUUUAAGCCAACAUAUAUGAAAUGUCUUGCUUCAACAAACAAACAGCUUGAGUUUCUCAACAUUACAAUACAAUGACCAACCAUGCAUGUUAUUCCUGCCUCCUUGCAAGGUUGGUGCUUUUCUUGGCUCUUUUUCAAGGCACUUCUGCCCAAACACAAGCUCAGGCUCUUCUCAGGUGGAAACAGAGUCUCCCUGCCCAAUCCAUUUUGGACUCAUGGGUCAUCAACUCCACUGCUACAACUCUAACUCCAUGCUCAUGGCGAGGUAUCACUUGUGAUUCUCAAGGCACUGUCACUAUAAUAAACUUGGCUUACACUGGGCUUGCAGGUACCCUUCUAAACUUGAACUUGUCUGUUUUCCCUAACCUUCUCCGUCUUGAUCUCAAAGAAAACAAUCUCACUGGCCACAUACCACAAAACAUUGGGGUGCUCUCAAAGCUCCAAUUCCUUGAUCUUUCCACCAACUUUCUCAAUGGCACUCUGCCUCUUUCCAUUGCCAAUCUGACUCAAGUUUUUGAGCUUGAUCUUUCAAGAAAUGAUAUAACAGGGAUAUUAGAUCCUCGGUUAUUUCCUGAUGAAUCUGAUAGGCCCCAAAGUGGCCUCAUUGGUAUCAGAAAUCUCCUCUUCCAGGACACCCUGCUAGGUGGUAGAAUUCCAAAUGAAAUAGGGAACAUAAGAAACUUGACUCUGCUAGCUCUAGAUGCAAACAACUUCUUUGGGCCUAUUCCUUCAUCUUUAGGUAACUGCACACAUUUAAGCAUUCUUAGAAUGUCUCAAAACCAACUCUCUGGCCCAAUACCCCCAAGUAUUGGUAACUUAACCAAUCUAACCGAUGUGCGCUUUCAAAUUAACAACUUAAAUGGUACGGUGCCACGAGAAUUGGGAAACUUGUCAUCAUUGAUUGUGUUGCAUCUUGCUGAGAACAACUUUGUUGGUGAAUUACCACCACAAGUGUGCAAAAGUGGCAGACUUGUAAAUUUUAGUGCAGCAUACAAUAGUUUCACAGGCCCAAUACCAAGAAGCCUUAGAAACUGCCCAGCAUUGUACAGAGUUCGACUUGAAUACAACCGGCUGACAGGUUAUGCAGAUCAGGAUUUUGGAGUUUAUCCUAAUCUCACUUACAUGGACUUCAGCUAUAAUAGGGUGGAAGGUGACCUCUCUGCAAAUUGGGGUGCUUGCAAAAACUUGCAAUAUCUCAACAUGGCUGGGAAUGGAGUAAGUGGCAACAUUCCAGGUGAGAUUUUUCAGUUGGACCAACUGCGGGAGCUUGACCUAUCCUCCAACCAAAUAUCAGGAGAGAUUCCUCCUCAGAUAGUAAAUUCCUCUAACUUGUAUGAAUUAAGUUUGAGUGACAACAAACUCUCUGGUAUGGUACCAGCGGAUAUUGGAAAGCUUUCCAAUUUGCGGUCCUUAGACAUCUCCAUGAACAUGCUGUUGGGACCAAUCCCCGAUCAGAUAGGGGACAUCUACAACUUGCAGAAUUUAAAUAUGAGCAACAAUAACUUCAAUGGCACAAUCCCCUACCAAGUUGGAAACCUUGCAUCUUUACAAGAUUUUUUGGACUUAAGUUACAAUUCACUUUCAGGACAAAUUCCUUCUGAUCUUGGGAAGCUUUCAAAUUUGAUAAGCUUGAAUAUCUCUCACAACAACCUGUCAGGUUCUAUCCCUGACUCCCUUAGUGAAAUGGUGAGUUUGUCAGCCAUCAACCUCUCCUACAAUAAUUUGGAGGGUCCAGUUCCUGAAGGUGGCGUAUUCAAUUCUUCUCAUCCCCUGGAUUUGAGCAACAACAAAGAUUUAUGCGGGAAUAUUCAAGGUUUGCGUCCAUGUAAUGUUUCUCUCACUAAACCUAAUGGUGGAUCAAGUAACAAAAAGAAGGUUCUGAUCCCAAUUGCUGCUUCCUUGGGAGGUGCUCUUUUUAUUUCUAUGUUGUGUGUUGGGAUUGUUUUCUUUUGCUACAAGAGAAAGUCAAGAACUCGAAGACAGAAAAGUUCAAUUAAAAGACCAAAUCCAUUUUCAAUUUGGUACUUUAAUGGGAGAGUUGUGUAUGGAGACAUAAUCGAAGCUACCAAGAACUUUGACAACCAGUAUUGCAUUGGGGAAGGAGCGUUGGGAAAAGUUUAUAAAGCAGAGAUGAAAGGAGGUCAAAUAUUUGCUGUUAAAAAGUUGAAGUGUGAUGAAGAAAAUUUAGACGUUGAAAGUAUAAAAACCUUUAAGAAUGAGGUAGAAGCCAUGUCUGAAACACGACACCGAAACAUUGUUAAGCUUUACGGAUUUUGCUCUGAAGGGAUGCACACAUUUUUAAUUUACGAGUACAUGGAUAGAGGGAACUUAACUGACAUGCUGAGAGAUGACAAGGAUGCAUUAGAACUAGAUUGGCCUAAGAGGGUUGACAUUGUCAAAGGUGUAGCCAAUGCUUUGUCCUAUAUGCAUCAUGAUUGUGCUCCGCCUUUAAUUCAUAGAGACAUAUCAAGCAAGAACGUUUUACUGUCCUCCAAUCUUGAAGCUCAUGUCUCAGAUUUUGGAACUGCAAGGUUUCUGAAGCCUGAUUCGCCUAUUUGGACAUCAUUUGCCGGCACAUAUGGCUAUGCUGCUCCAGAACUUGCUUAUACAAUGGCAGUGACCGAGAAAUGUGAUGUGUUCAGCUAUGGUGUUUUUGCUUUCGAGGUUCUUACGGGAAAGCACCCUGGUGAACUUGUUUCCUACAUACAAACUUCUACUGAACAGAAAAUAAACUUCAAAGAGAUUUUAGACCCUCGCCUCCCGCCUCCUGUCAAGAGCCCUAUUUUGAAGGAAUUGGCAUUGAUUGCCAACCUAGCACUUUCGUGUCUGCAAACUAACCCUCAAUCUCGACCAACUAUGAGAAACAUAGCUCAGCUCCUUGCAAUGGAUACUGCAGAUAUGAGAUGACCCAUGAUUUAAGUUUUUUCUUUUUUGGCUUCGCGGUAAACAAUUUUCUUGUGCAUGUGUUUUAAUUUGUCUAUGUAGACACUUAUCUUGUAUAUAUCAUAUCAUAUCCUUCACCAUAGUGAUAGUUUUCCCCUGCAAUGUAUUGAAUGAAAUGGGUACAAUAUUUUGUUUUUGAACGAUCCUGCGUUUGCUUGUAGAUGACAAGGGGGACAAAAAAAAUAGUUCUGUAUGACGAUUGGUUCUACCUUCGAUGUUCCCUGUUUCUUUUCUGUA